AUGGAGGCUCCCAACGAAGCUCCCGCGGAUGCGGCUGGCGACAGCGUGCAAACCACCGCUGCUACUGCUGCCGCUGUCCAGGAAUCUCAUCAGCCGCAAAGAAUUGUCGCGUCGCAUCCUGCGCCCCCUCAGCGAAAUCCAAUGAUUACACGCGAUCGAUUUAAUCAUCAGUCGCUCGGCGCAUCUUUAAACUCCUCGGUUAAGCAUGCGCGGGUGCUCAUGGUGGGCGCUGGCGGCAUCGGCUGCGAGCUUCUGAAAAACCUCGUGCUCAACGGCUUCGGCGAGAUUCACAUUGUCGACCUCGACACGAUCGAUCUGUCCAACCUCAAUCGCCAGUUCCUCUUCCGACAUGAACAUAUCAAGAAAUCAAAAGCAUUGGUUGCCAAAGAGGCGGCACAGAGAUUCAAUCCGAACGUCAAGAUUGUUGCGCAUCACGCCAAUAUCAAAGACUCCGAGUUCAGCGUUCCUUGGUUUCGCGACUUCAAGAUCGUUUUCAAUGCUCUAGACAACCUCGACGCCAGACGGCAUGUGAACAAAAUGUGUCUGGCGGCAGAUGUUCCGCUAAUCGAGAGCGGAACGACUGGUUUCAAUGGCCAGGUUCAAGUCAUCAAGAAGGGCAUUACUGCUUGUUACGACUGCACUCCCAAAGAGACACCCAAAUCAUUCCCUGUCUGUACUAUUCGAAGCACACCGAGCCAGCCAAUCCACUGCAUAGUUUGGGGCAAAAGUUAUCUGCUAAAUGAAAUAUUUGGCGUCAGCGAAGAUGAAUCAGCUUUCGAUCACUCAGCAGAUGCGGAUAAUGCCCAGGAAAUCGAGGAGUUGAAGAAAGAAUCAGAAGCACUAAAGAAGAUUAGAGACGCAAUUGGAACACCCGAGUUUCCGAGACUGCUCUUCGACAAGGUUUUCAAUUCCGAUAUCGAACGCUUGCGCUCUGUUGAAGACAUGUGGAAAUCGCGUCGCGCUCCUGAAGCGCUCAAGUACGACGAUGUACUUGCACGAGCUAAUCAGAGCGUCGAGUCCAAAGAUGCCAUACUGGCAGACGGACAGAAGGUCUGGACCCUUGAAGAAAGUCUUGUUGUCUUCAAUGACAGCCUCGACCGGCUUAGCAAGCGACUGCUUCAGCUGAAAGCGACAAAGGGUGCUGCGUCGCCUGACCCAACCAUUACCUUUGACAAGGAUGACGAAGAUACGCUGGACUUUGUAGCAUCCAGUGCAAAUAUUCGCUCCACCAUAUUCGGCAUUGAUUUGAAAUCUCGCUUCGAUAUCAAGCAGAUGGCCGGCAACAUCAUACCGGCGAUUGCUACAACAAAUGCAAUUGUCGCAGGCCUCUGUGUUUUGCAGUCCUACAAAGUGCUCAAAGGAGAAUAUGCGCAGGCCAAAGAAGUCUUCUUGACGCCCUUUGCCAACGCAAGACUUUUGGCUCCGGAUAGAAACCGAGAGCCCAACCGCGACUGUCCUGUCUGUGGCAUUUAUUAUACCAGCAUCGUUGCCGACCUAAGUAGAGCAACACUGCACGAUAUUGUCGAGGGUUUGGUGAAGACUCAGUUCGGCUAUAGAGAUAAAGAGUUUUCCGUGAGCAAUGACGUGGGCGUGUUAUAUGAUCCUGAUGAGACAGAUAAUCUCGAGAAGAAGCUCACAGAACUUGGUAUCAAAGGAGGCAGUUUCCUCACUAUCACUGAUGAGGAUGAUGAAGAUACGCUCGUCAAUGUGGUGAUUGAUAUUCAAGACGGGAUCUUGGAUACCCAAAAAGAGUCAUUCCGCCCGGUACACGCUGGGCGUCCCGAGAUUCCUCACAAGCCAAAGAAACCUCCGCCAGUUGAGACCAAUGGCAACGGCCACGGCCAACAAAAUGGAAAGCAUUCGCUAGAUGAUGCGAUGGUGGUGGAGGAAUCCAAGGGCACUAAGAGGGCGCUUCCUGAUGAUGAAAGCCCCCCUUUCAAGAAGGCCAAGAUGAUUAGCUCGGUAGAUGAAGAAGUAGUCGUCGUGGAAGACGCCGGCGGAGCCAUCGUCAUCGACGACUGA